ACACAUACAUACAAUUUCUACACAGUGAAGCUCAAACAUCCAAGUGAUGAUAUAAUAAGCAAAACACAUUUUUGAGAGGAGGGGGUCUUUAAAUAUACUGAGUCUAAAAAUACUGGAAUCAGCCUAAAAAUAACCCAUCAUGUGUAUGUUUUAAAUGGAGAAUGUAAGCUUGCUAAACCCCCCACAUUUCAAGAAAAACUACAUAGGAUGGUAACUAUUAAGUCACUUUCUGUUCUGGCACCAAGAUAAUAUGGUGACUGAUGGAUGAGGCGGUUAUAAGUUUGCAGAGUACACUGUAUUUUGAUUGUUUGUGUGAAGAAUUUACCUUUUUUAAUGUACUAUUUGCUCAAAAUCAAAUGUAUCUGUUGUUUGCUGUAUGUUGUUGGCUGUGUUUUUUUAUGAUUGCUUAUCAUUUUUUUAUAUUACAUAAAAAUUUAAAACAUACUUUACUGUUGUUCUUCUUGUACUGAGAGUCAGAGAAAAGGUGGGAGUCAAAGUUUCCGUCUUUGACUUUAAAACAGUGGGUUGUUGCCCUUUUGAAAAGAUCAGUAGUUUCAAUCAUAUGUGAAUGCACUGCAUGAAUGUACUACAAACCUGAAGCUCUAUAGCAUUAUGUAUUUGCUGUUUAUGGAUGCGAUGUUGAAAUAAAUCUACAAGGUCACAAACAAGCUAAAUUUAAAACCAUACUGUACAAUAGAUAUGUGCACAGCUGCCUUAACUUACUUCCCUGUUUCACUGUUGUGUGAUGAGCGGUUUGCUGAUAAGGCCAGCACCCUUUUUUUGCUAGCUGUUUUUUUCAUUGUGGCACAUUUACACUGUAACUACAAAAAGAAUAAAUGUAGAAAUGUUUUUCAAAUAAACUCUGCGUUUUAUGUGGAGAUACAGUGUAGCUAUAAUGUAUAAAUUUGACAUAAAUAAUACAUCAUUAAUCCGAGCCACUUUUACAACAUAUAAAAAGUACUGCUGGGUGUAAAGUAACCAAUGGGGAUGUAGCUCAGUGGUAGAGCGCAUGCUUCGCAUGUAUGAGGUCCCGGGUUCAAUCCCCGGCAUCUCCACUCUUUUGAACAAACUCCUCUUUUGUCCGGAUAAACUAGCAAAAAAUGGUGGAAAAUUUCACAUGUCAAAUCUUUACUAAUUUAUAUGUAACACAUAGAAACCUAUUAUUCGUGUUUCAGUACAGUGAACAAUAAUUCUGAGAUAACAGCCGUUCCUGAUUGGCCAAACGGAGGACUUGCUCCACUCUGAUUGGCUGUUGGACGCUGUAUAGGCGUGGGAGUGUUCACGCACGCGAGUGUCAAACAUUUAUUCCUCACUGCUGACCAAAUUAAUAUCCAGUGCUGGAGAGAGUUAGCCAAUGGAGAAAUAAUGGAUGAACCAAAGACAGAGUCAGAGUAGAUGAAACAUAAAUGUAGUGACACAUUAUUAAAGUAAUUAUGUAACCAGAAACCCGGGAUUUCACCACAAGAUUGAGGAGAUUCUCACAUGCAGUGACAGAUGGAUUAUUAUUAAAGCAGCCAAACUGUUCAAGCAGUGAUUUGGCUUUGACUGGAGACACUGGAGCCGAUCUAAUCUGGAGUAGGAUGUUACUAGCAUCCGCCGUAGUGGUAUGGGAAUGGCUGAACGAGCACGGACGCUGGCGGCCCUACAGCCCGGCUGUCUGUCAUCACAUCGAGGCAGUCAUCCGGAGCGACCCGCGGUGUGGUAGUGUCGUCCUCGGCCAGGUGGACUCUCGCCUCUCGCCCUACAUCAUCGAUUUGCAUUCCAUGCACCAGUUCCGACAAGACACAGGUACCCUUCGACCGGUACGACGUAGCUUCUACGACCCCACCUCAGCGCCAGGCCAGGGCUGGUUGUGGGAGUGGGAAAACGACGCUGGCAGUUGGACGGCGUACGACACGGACGUGGGCAUCGCCAUCCAGGCGGCACGAGAUCGUCAGCAGCCCUGGCUGGACCUGGCGCCGCUGGGUUUCUGCUACCUCAUUGACUUCGAAAGCAUGACCCAAAUCAACGGGCAGACGCAGCGCUGCCGACGCAUCCAGCGCCGCUCCGACCUGGCUUACCCGUUAGUGUCUGGGCCGCUGCCCAAAUCCCACCACGCCUGGGGGCCUACGUCCAUUCCCAGCCACGGAGGACUGCUGGGGGUGGAUGUGUCUGGAGUGGGCAUGGGGAUCAGGAUGAGCAGCAGCGGGACAGGAAAUGGGAGCGCGUAUCCCAGCGGGGCGCUCCCUGCGUCAGCCAUCACCUCUUUGGGACAGCCCUGCGCCUGUCAGCAGUGUAUGUUGGUGCUGAGUGUCAAAGCGGGCACCAUGUCGACUGCUCACACUCUGGGUCGGAGACCACCACAGACCAAGCCACCUAGUCCCAAAAUAAGCAGCCACUCAAUCCCAGGAGGGUCGUACUCACUAACCCUGCCUCGGCCUCCAACCCUGUCACGCUCAUUUUCCCCGCACAGGACAUCCAUAGUUGGGGCGACAGGUGGCUUCAAUAUCAGUGGUAUGGGCGGUCCAGGAGGUGUAGGUAUCAUUGGUGGUAGCGGUGUUGGCAGUGCCGGCCUUGGCAUCGGAGGAGGCUUCACCCACUCUGUUUCCCUCCUUGGCUCGGCCACCGCCGCCCUCUCCAUCUCCUCCACCCGUCCCCCUCCUCCGCCUCUCCCCCCGCCUCCGCCGCCUCCUCCCCCACCUUCCACCACACUCUCAUCUAUGGCCACCUCCCCCCCUCACCCUUCCACCUCCUCCUCCCUCUCCGCUUCCUGCUCCGCUCCUGCCGCGCCCGCUCCAGGCCCGCCUCUCAUCUCCACGGCUGCCUCCACCUGCACGCCCUCGCCUUCCGCCCGCGUCCUGGGCCCAGUGUCUUCGUCUGGUGCUGCUGCCUGCGCGGCCCCUCUGCCACCCCGGUCCAGCCUAGCGGGGCUGAGCCGACCUGCGCUGCAGCGUAUCGCCAUGGCUCAGUCACGUGCCCUUAUCGCCUCUGGAGUGCCAACGGUUCCAGUGAAGAACCUGAAUGGAUCUAGCCCUGUGCACCCUGCACUGGCAGGCAUUACAGGCAUCUUGAUGAGUGCAGCGGGACUUCCUGUCUGCCUGACCCGCCCUCCCAAGCUGGUGCUCCAUCCUCCACCUGUCAGCAAGAGCGACAUCAAGCCUGUGCCCGGCCUGGGGCACUGCUGCCGCAAGACCACCAAGAAACAGGCCCGCAAAGGCAAGACCCCUGAGGAGGUGGUGAAGAGGUACCUUCAGAAAGUCCGCAAUCCCCCUGAGGAGGACUGCACCAUCUGCAUGGAGGCUCUGGCCGGACCAUCGGGGUACAAAGGCCCUGGUGUGGGAGGCAUCUCCCGGGCUGAGUCGGUGGGCCGCCUGGCGCAGUGUGGCCACCAGUACCACCUCCAGUGCCUCGUUGCUAUGUACAACAAUGGCAACAAGGACGGCAGCCUGCAGUGCCCCACCUGCAAGACCAUCUACGGAGUCAAGACCGGCAACCAGCCCCCUGGCAAGAUGGAGUACCAUGUUAUCCCCCACUCGCUGCCCGGCCACCCUGACUGCAAAACCAUCCGCAUCAUUUACAACAUCCCUCCUGGUAUCCAGGGCCCAGAGCACCCAAACCCAGGCAAACCCUUCACUGCCCGUGGGUUCCCCAGACACUGCUACCUCCCUGACAGCGAAAAGGGACGCAAGGUUCUGAGGCUGCUUCUGGUGGCAUGGGACCGGCGACUCAUUUUCUCCGUGGGCACGUCCAGCACCACCGGCGAGUCCGACACAGUCAUCUGGAACGAGGUGCACCACAAGACGGAGUUCGGCUCCAACCUGACGGGCCACGGCUACCCCGACCCCGGCCACUUGGACAACGUUCUCGAGGAGCUCAAGGCUCAGGGCAUCACCGAGGAGGAGUGUCUACCCAGAGACUGAACAGAGACGCCCAAGAACGAAGAGAAAAAACAGACUUGAGUCUGUAAACACAUGAUCCACAGCUGGACAUAUUAUUUUCAAAAAUCCAACUUGAAAAAAAAAGAAACUGGGAGAACUUUUCCCACCAGAGAUGGAAAACAACUUCAAAAACUCUUAACAAGAACUGGUGGUUUUCAGCAGAAUUUGCUGAGAUUAAAAUUUCUCUUACGACUGCAUGAGUCAGUUUUGAUACGUGGGAAAUCUUUUUUUUUUUUCUUUUUCCUGAUGCAGUAACAGUGUCAAGAUCGCAGAUGUUAUUCAGUGAGACAUUUGAGACCACUGUGCACAUACGAGUCAGUGUUAGAUUAAAAAAAAAAAACAACUGUCAUUCAUACUGUGAGACUUCAUAUCAAGAAUGUAAACUAAGUGAAUUUUGCCGAAUUGAUGAAGUGUUUACCACUACUGCUGCUAUGUGGAAUUGAAUGGAAGAAAAGAAGUGGGAUCUGUAAGUUUUUUUUUUUAAAGUGUUAGUCCACAAGCAGAAGAAACUUCUCACUGCAGAUAAAUAUUUCAAGUGUAUAACUGGAUAUCUGAGCAUGGAUAUUUGCUGACCUCUAGUGGUACUUUUUCAGAACUACAUUCCUUUUUAGGUUUGAUUUUUAAAUUGUAUUGUUGUAUAUUAUGAAUACUUGAUAUAUUAUACGAUAUUGUUUCCAUUCUAUCAUGUUUUUUAUAUUUUAAUUUGACAUCUUGUUUUAUAUGGUGUGUUAUUUUUUGGGUGUGGGCGUGACAGACGAGAGAUGUGAGGUGAAGUUAAGAUAAGCUGCUCGGGUACCAGAGUUUGCCUGACACUUUAUAUGCCAUUUACCAACCCCUUUCUUUAAGUAUUUAACGUCAUUUUAAGUAUUUUGUAUUUGAUCACAAACAGACAUUCCUUAAUUGUUCUGCCCUCAGAGCAUGGGUACAUUUAAUAGCUUUCUAUGUCUUCUUGUAUCUGCAUUAAUUGUUAAAGACUGAUAGAAGAAAAGCUACUAUGGAUUAUACCACCCCCCCCCCCCGCCCCUUAGGAGGAGUAAAUUAGGAUUGGACCUCCUGCCUGAGCUCAGAUUUGCACAGAGCUUUCUACUUAGUAUGGCACUCAAAAGGAAACAGACAGCUUGUAUCUACUGUAUUUUUGUGUAGGACACACACCAGCCUCAAAUGCUCUAAUCACUACAAACUGUGGUCAUCAGUUGUUUUUGUCUUAUUUAGUUUUCGUCAUCGGGAAGGUGCAAAAGACUAUCUCUUGUUGUGGAUCUAGCUUUGGCCAAAGUGGUCCAGUCAGUUUGCUUUCGGUCUGUUGUGGACCGGUUUGUUAUGAGGUAGAGAUGUACAACGGUAUGUGUUAACAUACUAAUGUAGGCCAACAUUAGAAGCAUUUAUACUUUAUGAUACUUUCUGUAUGCACUGUACUGUAUGUAUGUGUUUUAUGUGCACAAAUUUGCAUUAAACGUUUUUUCUAAGGUUCAGAGAUAA